ACACACGGCGUGAAGGCGCCUCCGACACGGGCGGCGAGAGGGCAACGGAGAUCAUGCGGCCAACAACAGUUAUGCACGGCACCGAUGUCUACAUGCUGCUGGGAAACUACGGACGUGCGACGCCUACGAGUGAGCCUUCCGGCAAGGCUGGCUGGAAGCUUUUCCUGGUGAAGGGAGCUCUUACUGACGGGGUUGACGAAAAGAAAAUUGUGUGGGGUAAGCCCCAUGCGUUGGAGCCUGAAUCCGUAAAAAGCCUUGAAUCCUUGACGCGGCUGGUUGGCGGCGGGGGCUCGGGUGUUGUGCUGAGUGACGGCACGCUUGUGUUCCCCAUGCAGGCCAUCAAAGCGGAUGGAAAUAGUGUUCUGCUGGCCAUGAGCCUGACACCGUCAGGGAGUAAAUGGGCGCUUUCGUACGAUACGACCGGUGAGGGCUGCAGAGACCCGUCCAUCGUGGAGUGGGGGGACGACAGAAACCUUCUCGCGAUGGCUCACUGUGCGGGCGGCUACUACGACGUGUACGAAUCCUCUGGGAGGCAGUGGUAUCCUACAGGCGAGCCGAUUUCCCGCGUGUGGGGCACCUCACUGAAGCGCCAAGGAGGGCACGGCGUGCAGAGCGGCUUCACCACCGCAACAUUCGGGGACAAGAAGGUGAUGCUCCUCACCACGCCGGUGUAUUCGGCGGAAGGCGACGCCGCAAAGGCUCGGCUGCAUCUUUGGGCGACGGACAUGCAACGCGUAUAUGACGUUGGGGCGGUAUCUGAUGCAAGCCACAACGCCGCCGCCAGCUCCCUGCUGUACAGAAGCGGCGCGAAGGAGGAGUUGAUUGCACUGUACGAGAAGAAGGCUGAAGCUGGAGAGUCGUACAGCCUCGUUUCUGUGCCACUGACUGCGAAGCUGCAGGAGAUCAGGAAGUGGUGA